GUCACGCGCUUCCUUUAUCGCUACCCUGACAACCUUCUCACAGCCUGGAGCGCGCCUAUAGAAAAGCAGCGCCACGACGCUGCUUUAUACGAUUCCUUUUGCUUAUACUUUGAUCUGCUGCACAGUACUAUUAAGCAGCAUUUAAUACAGCUAGAGAACACGUACAAUAUAGAUAAGAAGGGAUUUAUAAUUAGAGUAAUAAGCAAGGGCGUUAGAAUCUUUAAUAAGCAGCUCUUUAGACUCUAG